GCGAAAAGCGUUGCUUGUGAUCACCGCGUUUGAGACACAGCCAGUGGAUAUUUUUCUGAAGAAAUGAGACGUGAAAUAUACAAGAAAAUGUGAGUGUGCUACUGAAACUGCGUCGUGCCGACCACUGCUUUCAAUCACAAGUCGCGGAGGAAUCGAAGUAUGAAGUGAUGGUUGAUAAAGAAGUCAGGAUGAGUGCAUCAGAGGGCCUGCAGUCCUUCCUAGAGGACAGGGAGAAGUCUAAUAUUCUUUUGGAGUUGCACUUAGAGGCCCUAAAAGCUUCACACCAACAGCAACUUCAGCAGAUCAAGCUGCAGCACAAGGCUGGUCUAGAGAGCCGUACAGUGCAGAACUCACUGCUCUCCACAAACUCUAAUGCUCCAAAGACGACAAAUAACCUGCAGCAAAAUCUGCAUAAAGAUGGAGCCAACAUCAAAAGCAGAGAAAGCAUUUAUCUACCACAGAAAUCCUCCUCCACACCUGACCUGAGCUCAAAGAUGAGCCAGCACAGGCCACUUGACUCUUUUGGGAUCUGGAGAACUACCGUGACUCGUUCACAAGAUCACAAAGAACAACUGGACUGGGCUGAGUGUCAGAAAAAGUUUGAGUAUCACCUGUGCGGAGCACAUCUCCAAGCCCUAAAAGCUUCACACCAACAGCAACUUCAGCAGAUCAAGCUGCAGCACAAGGCUGGUCUAGAGAGCCGUACAGUGCAGAACUCACUGCUCUCCACAAACUCUAAUGCUCCAAAGACGACAAAUAACCUGCAGCAAAAUCUGCAUAAAGAUGGAGCCAACAUCAAAAGCAGAGAAAGCAUUUAUCUACCACAGAAAUCCUCCUCCACACCUGACCUGAGCUCAAAGAUGAGCCAGCACAGGCCACUUGACUCUUUUGGGAUCUGGAGAACUACCGUGACUCGUUCACAAGAUCACAAAGAACAACUGGACUGGGCUGAGUGUCAGAAAAAGUUUCGAGUAUCACCUGUGCCGGAGCACAUCUCCAAGCUCCUUUAUGAUGAUAUGGUACAGACACAGGAUCGUGUGAGAAAUGAGGGACGGCAGCAGAGGAAAGAGUUCCUUUUGUCCAUUCAGAAACCCUUUAGGUUUCACCAAAGACAGGAGAAGAGGGAAAAGCUGAAGCCAGAGACCAGUGCUGAUAAAGUGAGUGAAAACAUAAAGGAUGAUGGAAGGAAGAGAUGCAAACCUAAGGCUGUAACAGACCCAGCAAUCUCCGAACAGAUGAAAGAAAAGGAGCAACAGAGGAAAAUCCGUAUCCAGGUCAGGGCUCAGGAGACUCUUAGGGCAUCCUCUGCCCCCAUCCAAAGCCUGAGUAUCAGAGCUGAUCAUCAGGCUUGUAGCUCGCAGAGAUCCAAGACUAAAAAUCUGGGAUUCUUACAGCAGAGUCCAUCCUUCCGACCAAAGACAAACACUAAGGUCCCAGAUUUUGAAAAGUUGCACCAGGCCUUUCAAAAAGAGGUGAUGGAGAGAACAGAAAGAAGAGAGGUCACCCUCUGCCAGCCGUUCCAACUACGAACAUCAGCUCUUCAACCACGUCACAGUAUAAGCAGCACAGACCAAUCACAAAAAUACACUGACAUGAAUGUUUUAAAGAGGAGCAAAUCCUUAAGUGGCCUGACAUCAUUAUCUAGAGAUACUCUUCCCACUUAUAUAACCGAUGCCGCCAGGAAAAGGUCUAUGGCUAUAAGAAAGUCUGUGGAGCUGAGAGAGAGUAAGGAGCAAGAAAGUGCAGAUUGGAUGAAAAAACACAGAAUGAACUCUCAAACCAUUAGCAGAGGACUUGUAGCACGAGCCAAAGCUAUGGACCCCCACAAAAGCCUGAAAGAGGUCUACCAGGAAAAACUCAAGCAGCACAGACAGGCUGAUCAAGAAAGGAUAAAAGAUUAUAAAAAAGAACUGAGGGAGAUGAAAGCUCGGGUCUCAGCACGUCCUUACCUCUUUGAACAGGUGUCACAGAGAAAUGCUAAGAGCGAUGCUGAGCGCAGAUACAGAAAUACUUUAGAGCACGAGGGCCUGGAUGAAAAUUUUGUAAGGUCGACGGGAGAGAAUGAUGAAAGCCAGACAUCAGAGAAUACAGACACUGAUGGCAACUGUAAUGUUGGUGAUCAAAGCUUUGAUACUGACACUCAGCACAGCAGGGACAACAUCUUCCGAAGUGAGGAUGGAAUAGAAGACAAGAGAAAGGAGCCUGCUGACAUUGGGUGAGCAGUUGGUAUUUGGUUAACACAAAGUGUCAUGUCAGAUACAAAAACUCUGGAUCUUUCCUAGAAUUGGUUCAGCAUUUGGGCCUUGGUAAAAAUGUGGUAAGCCAUGUAGAUCUAAGAGAUAUAAUUUUUCUUUUGCUUGGCUUGUGACUAAAUGUUUACAUGUCAUGUUUGUACGCGAUUUGUACGAGAUGAUUAUGAUUCUACUUCCACAAGAAGGGUUCUGGCCAUGCAACCUGCUUAUUAAGAUAAAAAUGUCAAAGCCAGUUUGGGAUUCGUUGAUCUAUAUAUGUUGGGGACUGCAGAGUGACACUUGCUAGCAAAAAAAUCUUUACAAAAAGAGGAAUAUUAAAGCAUUUGCAUGUGUUUGUCAUCUGCUUAUAUUUGAUACAAUAUGUCAAAUAAAUAAUACUUGAGGCUAUAUUGAUGCCAUAUGUUCUUGAUUUGUUUUAAAUGAUCUAAAUGUUCAUGUUCUAGAACCUGUUGUGAUAGGUCUGGAAUGUUUGUAUAGUUGAAUAUUAACAAACUGUAAACAAGGGAAAGUUUACCCCGGGAUGCAUUUUAUAUUUUUCCUUCUGACAGCUGCAAAGUAAAUGUGAUGAAAUAUACCAUGUAUUAAAGCACUGUAACUAUUACCCUUAACUGUGAAAAAUAAAAAGCUUUUUUCUCUGAUCUCAAUUUAAAUAAAUGCUAAAAAAAUACAAAAUAAAAAAAGUUCUCUGUAGGACAAGGCACAUCUGAAAUUCAAAUUGCGGACAUAUAAAUUUUGGGGAUGAGGCUUGACUAAUUUGAGAACCACAGCACCACUAAAGUCAGUGUUGGUUAUUUAUCUAUCAUAUAAAAAGAAACCCUCAUGUCACUUUGCUGCCCCAGCUGCCUGCCCCAUUAGGAGCUUAUACUCUGUUCAGAUUUUCAGAUUUACAGUUAACACUCCAUCCAACCUAUUUCAAAACGC